AUGUUUGUUACUUCUGCCCCUGGGAAAGUUAUUAUAUUUGGAGAGCAUUCCGCGGUCUACAACAAGCCUGCUGUGGCUGCUGCUGCGUCCUCGCUGAGGUCAUACCUGCUGGUGGAACCAGUGGCCGAGGAUCAGGUAUUGGAACUGAAUUGCCCGAAUUUACAAUUUGCUCACAAGUGGUCAACGGCUCAAUUGAGUGAAAUCACCGAUUCACACGUUUUGGUGACAGAGUCACAGUCUGUGCUACUGUCUAACCCGUUGCUGCACACUAUAGACACUCAACUGCUAUCAGGUAUAGAUAACCCUCUACAGAGAAGUGCCGCUCAAUGUUUCCUGUAUUUAUACUUAAGCAUUGUGCCUUCACAUAUUCGCUCUGCUUUACGUUGUACUCUGAUUUCAACAUUACCCGUUGGCGCCGGCCUGGGGUCGAGUGCCUCGAUAUCGGUUGCGUUGGCUCACGCUUUCUUGAAACUCACUCAAGUUCCUUCCAGAGACCUCAUCAAUCAAUGGGCCUUUGUUGGAGAAACGUGCAUGCAUGGCACCCCCUCAGGAAUCGAUAACACUAUAGCCACCUUUGGCGGUGCUUUACAAUUUACCAAGAACGAUACAAACGGGCCCCACGAAUUGCAUCCAAAGAAACCAAUCGUCGCAGUACUGACCUAUACGAAGAUCCCAAGGUCUACAAGGACUUUGGUCUCAGGGGUGCGCGAUUUGUACGAUUCGAUGCCAGACAUUAUAGAACCAUUGCUAGAUAGUAUGGCGAAAGUGGCAUUGAGAGGCUCUGUGGCUUUGGAACAAGCUGACCUGGAACAAGUGUUGCAAUUGGUGCGUGUGAACCACGGCCAAUUGGUGGCUUUGGGUGUGAGUCAUCCAGGUCUGGAACUGAUUAGAAACUUGACGACAGAAUUGCAAAUUGGUGAAACUAAAUUGACAGGCGCAGGGGGAGGCGGUUGUGCACUGACGUUUUUGAACGAGUCGGCCACUACUAACGAUGUGGAACAGUUUAAAGAUAUGUUACAAGAGAAAUACGAGUACCAAACUUUCGAAACGACUUUGGGUGGGCUGGGUUGUUCAUUGUUGGAAUUAGAUCAAUUGUCAGACCCAAGAGUUCAACAGAUCGUGCAAUUGUUUAGAAUUCCCGGACCAAAUGUAGUAAUGGAACAAGUGGACAAUAUCUUGUUGCCUGGAGGCCCAGCAGAUUUGCCUUGGGUCUUUUAG